AUGAUAUUUCCCAAUCGUCAAGUGACGACCCUCUCCGGGCAUUCAGGCGCAAUCCACGCCGUGGUGUAUAGCUGUGGGGCUGGUCAAUAUAUCCUCACGGGUUCAAGUGACCGCUCCGUCCACCUCUACAACCCCUCCAAAGCCUCCAGCUCCACUCCCAAAUCAGGCCUCAUUCAAACCUACAGAGCCCACAGCUACGAAGUCCUCGACCUAGCCGUUACAGCCGACAAUGCCCGGUUCGCCAGCGUCGGCGGUGACAAGCAAGUCUUUCUCUGGGACGUUGCCACAGCUCGAACAUUGAAACGAUGGAGCGGGCACUUCGGCCGUGUCAACUGUGUGGGUUUUGGUGGGGAAGAUGGCAGUGUGGUCAUCAGCGGGAGCUAUGAUGCUACUGUCAGGUUGUGGGAUUGCAGGAGCCAGAGUACGAAGCCAAUACAGGUUCUCGAGGAGGCAAGAGAUAGUUUCAGCAGUUUGCAUGUGGUUGGGCAUGAGAUCGUGACGGGGAGCGUGGACGGGAGGAUGAGGGUCUAUGAUUUGCGGAUGGGAAUGACAUUUGUGGAUGUCAUUGGCCAACCCAUCACAUCAGUCCAGCAAACGCAAGAUGGCAAUGCGGUCCUGGUUUCUACUCUUGACUCAACUAUUAGACUUAUGGAUAGGAGCAAUGGCCAGUUGUUGCAAAGCUACAGAGGCCAUACGAACAAGGACUAUCGAGUCAGAUCGUGUCUGGGCAUGGCGGACUCAGUGGUGAUAAGUGGAAGUGAGGAUGGGAAAUUGUAUGCUUGGGACUUGCUGGAGGGGAAGGUGAUCGAGAAACUCGAGGCGCAUGGCGGGAAGGUGGCCAGCGCUGUAGCUUGUAAUGGGGUAAAGAAGGAAUGGGCUAGUGCCGGAGUUGAUGGCACCGUCAGUAUUUGGGCCAUGCCAGAGUGA